AGGGAGCCCAUUAAUCACUAAUAUGCCUGCCAUUACGCCUAAUACUACCCCCGCCGCAUGAAUGCAUAGAGAGCUUGUAGGCUGACCAUUCUCAUCAUUUGCACCGAAUUAUUGGCUAUAGAUAUAUUCAAGAAGCUUCAAAUACUGGACUAGGCAUUUCUACUUCACAUAAUAAAGUUAAGAGGUAAUUAUAUAAAAACCAUAGUAGUACAAGUCCAUGCCUAUUUUCACGAUGUCGGACGUCGCACACCAAGUACAAUUUUACUCGCACUCUACCUACCAACAAUGGUUUUUCAGUACAGCUCCCUGAACGCCGGUCCCGGCCCGGAUCCAGCACCAGGUUGCUAUCUUGACAGCGCACUCGCUUUUGAGAAAGGGGAGAUCCCACUUGACGAAUUCUUCCGACGAUGUCUUCAGCACCUUGGGACCUCGGAAAAGCCUUCGCAUGAAGUCCACGAUGUCCGAGAUGGACAAUGGUACCUACUCUGGAAGUAUUAUCACACGUAUGGACCGGUCGCUGCUGCGAUCAGAUUAUGCGGAUACGAUCCGCGAGCUCGCUCUACGGACGGCAAGAAAUUAGUGCCUAUUUUGAUGGCUUGCACUUCCAAAGAUAGCAACAUAGAUUCCAUCCGCGCCAUAAGCGCCAGCAAUUUCGAGGCUGAUGCUGAAACCGUUCUAGCGACGCCUCUCAUCCGCCAGGUUCUGAUGGUCACUGCAAUUCAAAGCGAGCACUGGUCGUUAGCCGAGGAGCUCAUUCAAAUCGACUGCCCACCGCCGCCACCAGAAGAUAAGUGCGUAUUCACCAUGCGCGGCUCAGCACUCUGCGAAAUGGUCCGCGAUACCGACAUCCCCGCUCGCGUCUGGACGGCACUUAUCAAAGCGCGAUGGGUGCCGGGGACAUUCUCACUAGCGAUCGUCGGGAGUCAAUGUCCUAGCACAGAAGAAGGAAUCGCAUUACUAGAAGCGGCUCAAGCCGCCGGCUUAGACCUGAAGGAUCGCAAAUCAGGAUACGGCGAGCGAAUGCACGAUUUCGCGCUAGAGCGUGGCCACCCGGACACCGUCAAGUAUCUGCGCAAGCUCUGCUCGAUCACCAAACCGCUGCAGAAUCAUAUACUCCCGCGGGCCGUGGAAAAACGGGAGUCGGGCGGGGUGGAAAUGCUAAAGUGGCUUCUCGAUGAGCAGAAGCUAUACAUCAAUUGGAUGGGAGCAUCAGACCCCAACGGCUACGCCAACUACGACCCACGCGAGCGCGCAGAACAAGAGUGGUAUAACGCGAAGUCGGCCCUACACUGGGCUGCUCAUAAGGGGAAUACGGAUGCCGUCCGCUUCCUACUAGAAAGAGGCGCCGACCCUACAGUGCGCGACGCUGUGGCACGGACGCCACGGAAGCUUGCAGAAGGUGCUGGGAAUACAGCUGUUGUGGAAAUUUUUGAUGAAUUUGAGCGCCAAAAGGAUCCAGGAUUCUUGUCGAAGAUCUUCGGAUAAUUCGGAGGAAAUUGCGUACUGAAAGCCACAGAGACGCCACCAUAUUCACAUUACCUA